CCCAAUUCCAAUCAGGCGGAUAUGGCGAACAUCGUCGUAGUAGGUGCCGGCGUUUCUGGUCUGACGACUGCACUUCUUCUUGCCAAGAAUGGACACAAGAUCACUGUAGUGGCAAAACACAUGCCUGGAGACUAUGAUAUUGAAUACGCCUCGCCCUGGGCGGGAGCAAACUAUUUGCCAGUCAGCAAGCCAGGAACGGAAUUCCAGUCAUGGGAGAAGAAUACCUGGCCUGAGCUGCAACGUCUGGCACGAGAUGUGCCUGAAGCGGGAAUUCAUUUUCAAGACACAUACGUAUAUCGUAGAGCCAAAGACGCCGGAUCACCAGUGGCAGAUUGGUUCAAAGAACUCAUUCGAGAAGAUGCUUGGUUUAAGGAUACCCUUCCCAACUUCAAACCCCUUCCCCCAUCUUCCCUCCCACCAGGAAUGGACGGCGGAACAACCUUCACCUCCAUCUGCAUCAACACAGCCAUCUACCUCCCCUACCUCGUCUCCCAGCUCCUCUCCCACGGCGCCACCUUCCGCCGCUACAUUCUCUCCCACAUUUCCCACGCCACCCAUCUCCACCACCUCCAGCCCCAGCGCGGCGCAGACCUCAUCAUCAACGCCACAGGCCUCUCAUCCCUCACCCUCGGCGGCGUCCGCGACUCCCUCCUCUAUCCCGCCCGAGGCCAAAUCGUGCUCGUACGAAAUUCUCCCGGAAAUAAUACCAUGGCAUCGACCUCGGGCACAGACGACGGCGAAGACGAAGCGGUAUAUAUUAUGGAACGCGCCGCGGGUGGAGGUACCGUGUUGGGGGGAUGUCUGCAAGCUCAUCAGUGGGAAUCUCAACCGGAUCCGAAUCUGGCUUCGAGGAUUAUGAAGCGUGCUGUUGAGUUGUGUCCGGGUUUGGUCGGCCCGGGACAGGGUCCCGAGGGAUUGAGUGUUGUUCGUCAUGGGGUCGGGUUGAGACCGAUGAGGACUGGGGGGAUUAGGUUGGAGAGGGAAGUGAUUGAUGGCGGGGUCGUGGUGGUGCAUAAUUAUGGUCAUGGGGGUUAUGGAUAUCAGACUUCGUAUGGGACUGCUGAGGUGGCUGUGAGACUUGCGGAGGAGGGGUUGAGGGAGAGGGCGAAGUUGUAGGAAGUUGGUGGUGUUGGUGAUGGUUGAAAUGUUAUUAGCCU